CUGACGCCCUUGCUAUUGUUCUUGACACUCAACUUCGUCUCUAUCACCACUUCACUUAUUCACCUAUCACUAUGGCUGUGACUUUAGAGCCUAGCGCGCACGAUGAAGUAAAUCUGGGCCGUCUGGUCCGGCGGUUGGAGAAGUUGACUGCGAACACGGUCUGGCAGGAGACGGAUCGGCCAGAGACAUGGAUGAAGUGCUUGGGGACGCUGGAAAAAGUCAAGUAUGCGCGCCGUCUACUCAAGAGUAUCGAGCUGAACAACAUCGACCCGACGCCGCGGCAAGCCAAGUCCUACGAUGCCAUGAAGACCGUAUUGGACAAGGUUGAGGUCUUCAUGCUGGAGGUGGAGAAGAAAUCCGCCCCACAACGACCACGUCGGGACCCUCUCCUGAACUCACUCCCUCUGCCAUUACCACCUAGACCAGAACCUACCCCCGCACCCGAGCAUACUGCCAAGGACGACGCCGAGUCUGCCCCUGGUCCCAUCGAGGACCUCAUCCCCUCCGAACCCGGCCAGGAACCUCUCAGCAUCAUCUCCCCCACCCCCGCCUCCAAACCCACCUCGCCCUCCGCCGACUCACCCACCGACCCAUCUACUCAACCCGACCUCACAACCACGAUGCCUACCCUCCUCUCCCUCGCCGCGCCCUCGCUGCCGACCUCGUCAACAAGCACGGCCGUCGCGCCCAAGUUCCUGCAGAACUCGCAGGCGCUGCACACCGAGCUGUCGGACCAGCUCGCGCAGAUGAGCGCGCAGCUCCGGCGGAAUGCGCUGCACUUCCAGGAAGCGCUCGUCAAGGACAAGGCGGUCGUGGAGGCUGCGGGGGAGAAGGUGGAGAGCAACUUGGGCAUGUUGACGAGUACGAGGGUGAAGUUGAGGGACCACCGCGGUAAGAGCGGGAGCACGACCUGGCUGGUCGUUGCGUGCAUUGUCAUCACCUUGAUCCUCUUCAUCAUGAUGGUCGCCCUCAUCCGACUGACGAGGCGUUGAGGAGCGUUCUCUUUGGUUUCUGGGAGCGGUGUACGCCCUCACCAGAGCUGAAUGCAUGCGCUCGGAGGCGAACGCGUGCCUCUGAGCGAAUGCACUUCUUCACGCAAUCGGGAUCGGCUUCGGCGGGAGAAUCAUUUUGUUGUGUGCAGGUCGAGCCGGACAUUGUCGCGUUGGACCUUCCGGCUCCGCAGGAUUUGAACUGCACUGGACGUUCCGGACUCCAUCUUGUCUAUCACGUCGUAUGUACCGGGCAUACUACAUUCUCUACUCGGACCUGGCCUCCGGAAUUUCAGCGUUUGACCCAAAA